GGCGGCCGGCCGAGAGCUCGUGGAGGCGCGGCAGCGACCGGCGCGCGGUAGCGCGCGGCUGAGGCCACUCCGAUCGGCAGAGGCAGCUCCGAUUCCCAGCAGCCCUCGCUCUGUGUUCCGAGUCCCCGGCCCCUAGACGCCUCGUCCCCUCACGCCUGCUUCUCUAUCCCUAUGGAUUCACUUCAAACUGGACAGAUGCUGAGCUUGCCCGCCGAGCUCGGCAGCGACAACUUAGAACUGGCGGAGCCGGCGGCAUCGGCGGCCCGCGGAGACACGGAGCCCCACCCGGAGGCGGCCACAGAAGGCCCCGCACCUUUAGACCCGGGGCCGGAGUCGGAGCCGGGGCCCGAGCGGGAGCCGGGGCCGCCUCCUCAGACUUCGACGCCGGAGUGCAAAGUCCUGCUCACGAAGGCUGACGCCCUGGCGUCUGGGGGGCGCCUCCGGGAAGCCCUCGAGGUGUACCGCCAGCUCUCCGAACGGCAGCAGCUGGUGGCCGAGCAGCUGGAGCAGCUGGUGCGGUGCCUGGCGGAGAAAGUCCCGCAAGGCGAGGCUCCGGCGCUGGCGCCCCCGGACGGGAGCGGUGCGGCGAGCCGCGAGGCGGCGGCCGAAGAGGCAGGGGCGCCAACCGCCGCGGAGGCUACCGAGGUGUGGGACGGCUUCAAGUGCCGGAAGUGCCACGGCUUUCUGUCAGACCCCGUGUCCUUGUCGUGCGGCCACACCUUUUGUAAACUCUGCCUGGAACGCGGGCGGGCGGCCGACCGGCGGUGUGCGCUGUGCGGGGUCAAGCUCCCGGCCUUGAUGGUGGCCGGCGGCAAGGCGCGCCCGGCCCCCCAGCGGGACUGGCAGCAGGCGGCGGCGACGACGACGACAACGACGACAACGACAACGACCACGACGCCGCAGCCGCCACCCGCGGCGCCACCGCCGCCGCAGCCGCCGCCGCCGCCGCCGCCGCCGCCGCUGCGGGUCAACGUGGUGCUCAGUGGCCUCCUGGGCAAGUUGUUCCCAGGCCCGGCGCGGGCGUCGCAGCUCCGGCACGAGGGCAACCAGCUGUACCGCGAGCACCAGGUGGAGGCGGCGCUGCUCAAGUACAACGAGGCGGUUCGGCUAGCUCCAAACGACCACUUGCUUUAUAGCAACCGGUCUCAAAUUUAUUUCACCUUGGAGUCUCACGAGGACGCACUGCAUGAUGCAGAAAUAGCAUGUAAGCUCCGCCCAAUGGGUUUUAAGGCACACUUCAGAAAAGCACAGGCCUUGGCCACCUUAGGCAAGGUGGAGGAAGCACUAAGGGAGUUUCUAUAUUGUGUGUCCCUCGAUGGAAAGAACAAAAGAGCAAGAUCUGAAGCCCAAAGGGAAAGCCGGGAGCUCCCGCACUGCUCUAGUCAGGAGGAAGCAGCGGCCGCGGGAGACCGCAGCAGCCUGGAGAACCCAGUUAAAGUAGAGGGGGAGGGGCAAGAAGGCAACGGGAAAGGCCAGGCAGGAGACCAGGAGGAGAAGGGGGAUGCUGCCUCUGCCAAGGCUGGCAAAUGCCAAGAAAAGAAAAGGAAACGUUGUCAAUUUGGACCCCAAGACCCAGAGGUGCCUACUAAAGCCAGAAAGCCAGAUCCUCCCGCCAACCAGGGGGCCAGAGCUGCGGUCAGUGCUCCACUCCCGUCCUUUGAUGCAUCUGACCUUGAAUGCUCCCUGUGUAUGAGAUUAUUCUACGAGCCAGUCACAACACCUUGUGGUCAUACAUUUUGUUUAAAAUGCCUUGAAAGAUGCCUAGAUCACAAUGCAAAGUGUCCGCUGUGCAAAGAUGGUCUUUCACAGUGCUUGGCAUCCAGAAAAUAUAGCAAAAAUGUCAUAAUGGAAGAGCUAAUAGCUAAAUUCCUGCCAGAAGAAUUCAAGGAACGCAGGCGGCUUUAUGAAGAAGAAAUGGAAGAACUUUCCAACUUGAAUAAGAAUGUGCCUAUUUUCGUGUGCACUAUGGCCUACCCCACGGUUCCUUGUCCCCUGCACAUUUUUGAGCCUUGUUACCGUCUGAUGAUCCGUAGAUGCAUCGAAACAGGUACAAGACAGUUUGGCAUGUGCCUUGGAGAUCCUGUCAAAGGGUUUGCGGAAUAUGGCUGCAUCCUAGAGAUCAGAAAUGUUCAGUUCUUUGCUGAUGGCCGCUCGGUGGUGGACAGCGUAGGCAAGAGGCGCUUCAGGGUCCUCCAUCAGGGCCAGCGAGAUGGUUACAAUACAGCCGACAUUGAAUACAUUGAAGACCAAAAGGUUCAAGGAGAGGAUCAGGCUGAGCUCAUGGGAUUACAUAACUGUGUCUAUGAGCAAGCGUCAUCAUGGUUUCAUUCGCUCAAAACCUCUCUGAAGAAUCGGAUACUCAAUCACUUUGGUCCAAUGCCAGAGAAAGAUGCUGAUCCUCAGGUGAGCCCGAACGGUCCAGCCUGGUGCUGGUGGACAUUAGCGGUUCUUCCACUGGAAAGCCGAGCUCAGCUCCCGUUCCUAGCGAUGAGGUCCUUGAAGGACAGACUGAAUGGGAUUCGGCGAGUCCUGGCCUUUAUAUCCCGGAACCAAAACUAGCGAGAGUGGAUCGCUGAGGAGAAGCCCCCACCCUCCCUGCCGGCUUGGGGGAGUCAUCUUGUAAAUAUAUCUAACUGCAAUAACAUCUUAACAGAAGGAAGUAUCAAACAGGCAUUUCCCUGCUGUUGAUCGCAGAGAGGAAUCGUGUAGAAAGGCCAGAAGCACGGGGCCUGUUUGAAACUUCCUGGCUGAAGAUGCUUCUUGACAUGCUGCACAACUACAUGCUCAGCAGAGGUGUUUAAGAGCCCAGAAAAAAAAAAAAAUUCAUUUGAUUUUUGACAUCCAGUUUUCUGGAAGUUUAAAAUGGUUUUGCUUUCAUUUUCUUUCUUGCACAGAUAAAUGUGUAGUUGAAAUGUGAAGCACACAUUCUGGUAACACUGCUGCGUUAUUUUCACGGACUUGGGUUCUCAUUCCAGAUGGUUCGGGUUUUAUACGGCAUUGUGUAGAAAAGAAUGUUCGUCCUUUCCGUUUUCAUAAUUUAUUUUUUUUUUGGCACCACUGUAUCCCUUUUUUCUACCUGUCUGUUUGUAACUGUUUAAGUGUACGUUACUGAAGAGCCAGUUGCUUUAUUUAUUAACGUGGUUUGCCAUCUACCCAGGGGGAAGGAGCAGUGCUAGCAACGUGCCGUUUUUGCUUUAACCACAUUCUGCUGUGUUUGAUCCCGGUUCGCGAACCGUUUUUGUAUCUGUCCCUUUGGAUGUGUAAAGGAGGUUCGGAAUCACGCUGAGACCGUCACUCGUCACGGGUUCCAUGUUGCUUUUGUUUGGAAUUCAACAAUAUAAAAUACCUAAGCGAUUUGGCAGGCGUUAUGGAAUAGGCCAGGGUGAAGGAAAACGAUCCAUUUUCUGGGUGGGACACCGAGCAGGGCCGAAGGAAUGAUUGCUCUUGAAUGAAGAGGUGACUCAGAGGGGCGUCGUUUGUGAGUGAUCUGUUUUAGGCAUUUAUUUUCAGCGAUCUAAUCAGAAGGGUCUCUCCCUUCUCCCCAGGGUUAGUUACCUGGCUGGCGCGUAUGAAAACACAUGAUGAAGGGCUGCCGGUCAUUGAAGGCGGAAAGAAGCCAGUAGAGACAGUUGAACCCUUAAAAACACAGACACGCUGUCUUUCGGGUUUGUACAUCUUUUAAAGGAAACAGACGACGAACCCGUGGUUUUAGCUAAACUCUGCCUUCCCUCCUAGCUGCCGCGGGCCAAAGAUUUCAACGUAGGGGAAGAACAGUGGGUAAGGGUGUAAGAGGGAGCCCUUGUUUAGCUUGCUCAGUGCUAGUGUGGUUCUGUCAGUGCCAGGAGGACCUGAAAAAGACUGUGGGGGGGGGGGGUGUCCCAACGACAGCGUGAGGAGAUUAGGGCAGGCGAGAAGUGAAUCACGCCAUCUGUACCAUCGUGCAAACUAUCCCCCCACGUGAUCCUUGGACGGACCCAGCGCAGCCCGUCUACUCCUUCAAGGAGAGGUGAGUGCCUCAGGGAAUCGACCUGACUUCUUCCCACUACCUGCAGCCAGAAACAGAGGAGAGAGUAUGACGUGAUCCACGUAAGCUGAAACCAAAUGAUCCCUUCUGAACUUGCUAAAUGGGUGCUGGAUUGUCAGAGCGUUGUGUUGUGUUACCAGGUUUGAUGUUCGCAGCCAGACUGGGCCGGCAAAGAAUGGAUGUAUAGGCGUGGUUACUGCCCAAGCAAGCUCCGCAGGGCUCGGGGAGCAGGGAAUUAAGCGUUCCUCUUCCGGCUCGGUGCCCAGCCAGCCAGAAGGUCAGAGCACAGUCCUCGUGAAAUAGUUUCCUGUCAUCUCGUGUAAAUGCAGCAGAGGAAAGGUCGUAAACAUCUGCGCUUGGUAGAUGUUUUCCCUUGUGAUUGAACUUCUUCUGGGCCCCAGUUUCCUCAUCUAGCAAAGGGUAGUGACCAAUGCCCCGUGUAGGGAUGUUAACGGACAUUAUAUGAGGUAACAUAUGUAAAUCGCUUAGCACAGUGCCUAGCACCUAGGAGACAUCCAAAAAAUAAUAGCUGUGAUUAGAUUGUUCAUAGUUACGGAAUAUCAUCAGGGGCCCACACUUGCAUAAAACACUGCCUUUCCAUGCAGUACCCAUAUCUGCCCCUUUAAACUUGGUUGGGGAGAUCCCCACCGCUGAUUUUCGGACCAUAACUUGAUGCUUUACAGUUAAUUCCUUUUGGAGCCACGUCUGUUUGGGAAAACGAAAAGACUCAAGAAGAGGUGAGGGUCAGAGACAAGGGAGGCUUCUGGGCCAGCCAGUUUUCCGUGUUCCAAUAAGAUUAAAAAGCAGUGCUGUCUGGAGGUCUAGAAUUCCCAGUAUAAUGGAAGCCUUAAGUUCUAGCUCCAUUAGAAUAACCAGCUCAUCCCUCCUUGCUCUCCAAAAAGUAUUAAAAAUCUUGGCCUUGCCAGGGUGAACGGGUUUCACAGUCUGACUUCUGUGCUUAGUUCAUGGGAUUUCCUUAUGCUGCCCCAACAAACUUAUUUUGAACCUGCUGUGUACCAGGUACUGAGCCAGGCGAUUUCACAUAUGUGAGUUCAUUAAAUCACUUAUUCUGCACAGCAGCCCUGUGAGAUCAGUUAUCACGCCCAGUAUCGCAGAUGAGAAGGCUGAGGUUCUGCGAUGUUAAAUACUUAGUCCAGAUAGCACAGUUAAGCAGUUACUAGCAUAGCCAAGAUUGACGUUGAACCCCUUCCUUUGCAUAUGUUUAACAUUUUAAACAGUUUGUGUUGCACGUAAUUUUAUUAAACAGGCAUGGCAACUGAGUCACCAAAGCUCCCCAGAAGCUCACAGUUCAGAUGGAAGCUGCAGGCUCAAUAAAAUUCAGUUCCCUCACACACAUUUCUACUUAAUCUCGGUAGAAUGGGAAGUUUGAUUUUUUUUUUCUUUAAAUAAAGUUCCACAUCCUAGAAUGUUCCAUGUCGGUAAGUGAGCACCUAACUCCAGCAAAGGUAGAUCUUGGCUGGAACAGAGUUGCCCUGUACGUUCAGUGGCCUAAAUAGACGUUUGGGUUAUUUUAUAGCAAGCUCUGGUUUCAGCAGUGGUGGGAGGCAGGGUGCAAGGCUAAACCUUGGCUUUCUGUGGGAUGUACUUGAAUGGGGCAGUCAGUUGAACGUGGCCAUUUUCGCCCCUUAUAAAUUGAUUUUGCUGCAAAGCUUGGGUUUGAAGAGAACACGGAGAAAAGACAUAAAGCUAAAUCUAGGCCAGAAGUACAAGACUUCCCCCUUGGUAGAUAGUGCCAUUUAUUUGGUUAAUUUUCCUAUCAUGACCUAGAUUAUUUUUUCUGUGUAUGUAUAUAUAUAUAUAUGUAUAUAUAUAUAUGUAUAUGUAUGUGUAUGUGUGUGUGUGUAUAUAUAUAUGUAUAUAUGUGUGUGUGUGUGUGUGUGUGUGUGUACACACAUUAGGUACCAGGCAGAUACUAUGCCUUUCUGCUUUGUACUGUACUACCACUGCUAGCUAAUAACCAGCAAAAUGUAGAAAAUGAAAAAUGAUAAAGCUAAUUUUCUGUAGACAACCUGGAGAAAAGAGUGCUUGCCCCUGACUUAAUGGGGGCAGAGAACUGACUAUUUCAAGAAUUUGCCUUUUCUGAAAGCCGACUGCUUCCCGCCCCGUGGGGCCAGUCGAGUCGCUGCGUGUGUGGCGCUUCCAGCUCUGCCUGCGGGGCUGGCCUGGGCUCAGAUAAUCCCCUGUGACUGGCCGUCGGAGUCGCGGAGCUCCCGAGGCUGGCUCACAGCACCCAGAGGUCUCGUACUGUCCACAGCCUGCAUGCUGUUGAUGGGCCAGAAUCCACUGGGGACAGUGUGCCCCUUGCCAAACUCCAUUUCCAAGAUGGGAGUUUUAUCCAGGGACUCGUUCCUUGAGUUCCCGACGUGUUGACUUUGCAUCCGUUUCCUUUUAUCAAGGCAGAAUCGUAGCAGAGGGGUUGGGGCAAGGAUGCAAAUGGAAGGCAGCCCCCAUAGCGGAAAAGAAUAGCUCUUUCAGCCCAUCUGGGGCCUGAGGGAUGAGGUUGAUUUACGAUUGAAAACAGUUCUGAAAAGCAGAGAGAAAGAAGGAAAUGGAGUCAUGUAAGAUGUGCACAUUCAGUUCCUCUUAGAAUGAUAGCUCCCACUGUCCAACUGUUUAAUAAUCUGGGUGGAGCACAUCCAGAGUCGAAAUGAAGACGUUUUCACUUACAAAUAGGUAUUUUGCAACGCGCUAAGUUCACCUUGAGAGAGAAGUGCCUGUAAUCUCUGUUCCUGGUGUCAUUUUAAAGCUUUCGCUUCAUGACUCUGUAGCCGUUUAAAAAUUUGUCGCAGCAAAUGUGAUUAACAGAAGUUUACAAAGCAGCACUGUAGCUUAUGUGUCAUGUUAAAAGUUGCCUAACGUUUAGCUAAUGUAAAAGCAGCAACAAUAAACAACAACAAAAUAAAAGGAGAGCAAAUAGGUCAAUGUGGCAUCAUAGGCUUAUCUGAGAUAAACUAGUUCCAUCAUUUUAUGCAGUCCUCAGUAAUGCCCGGAUUAAAAUAUCAAGCAAGGCAUUCAAACAGUGGCAAAUGUGUCUGUGUAUUUGUUAUUCCAGUUGUUUGUUAAGCAGCCAUUUUACUCUUGCACUGUAAUAAACUGAAAGGGGAAUUAAGAUAAUGCUUUCUUCCCCCCAUAUUGCUGUUCAACUACCUCUAUAUGCUUGGUUUCUCUUUAGGGUUUUCUUUCCUCCAAAUCUGUACAAAAGCAAGAUUUCAGCUCUUCUGCGUUGUCAUAACAAUGUGAUAUAGACAGUCUCUGUGAAAGCUGUUUGUUCAUUAGGAAUGUUUCCCGUUGUCUCACUUUGCAUCUAACAGAAUUCUACCCGUAACCUUAGGGCAAGAAUUACCCAAAUAGGUAUCGUUUUUUGGAAGCCGAAUAGAAAGGAAAGCUAUUGGACCAUUUAACUUGAUCUCGUUCCCGUUGCUUAUAAUACGUUUGACCGGAAGACCUCUGGUCCAAGUAGCCUUGCACUUAGACACUAAGUUCUUAUGCACUUGACAGUGAGGCCGGUGCGAGCUAAUUAAUGUGACUGAUGUGUUCUGAAAACCUUGCCAUAAACUGUUUUAAAAAAUGCACCAGGAAAUCUUGUUAUUUACAGAAUUUUGUCGAAGCAUCUUGCCAAUAAUCCGCCCCUAGUUUACUUGUUAAGUCCAUUCGUAUAUUGGGUUUGCUUACAGCGGAACGCGCUACCUACUGUGUUUUCUUUGGCAUUAUAAAACAUUUGUGAAAGUAAA